AUGGCUGCUGUUGAACCUCCUGCUCCGGCUCCAGUUCCGGCUCCUGCUGCAGUAGAACCUACUUUGCCUCACCACGACGUCAAGCUCUUCAACCGCUGGAGCUUCGACGACGUCCAGGUGAGUGACAUCUCCCUGGCCGAUUACGUUGGAGUGGUGCCAGCGAAACACGCCACUUAUGUGCCUCACACUGCUGGGAGGUACUCAGUGAAGCGAUUCAGGAAGGCCCAGUGCCCCAUUGUUGAGAGGCUUACGAACUCUCUUAUGAUGCACGGAAGAAACAACGGGAAGAAGCUCAUGGCUGUCAGAAUUAUUAGGCACGCCAUGGAAAUCAUCCAUUUGCUCACUGACCUCAACCCAAUCCAAGUCAUUGUUGAUGCUGUUGUUAAUAGUGGUCCUCGUGAAGAUGCCACUCGUAUUGGGUCUGCUGGAGUUGUUAGGCGUCAGGCUGUGGAUAUCUCACCCUUGAGACGUGUUAACCAGGCAAUCUAUUUGCUUACAACCGGUGCUCGUGAGUCAGCUUUCAGGAACAUCAAAACCAUUGCUGAAUGCUUGGCUGAUGAACUGAUUAAUGCUGCAAAGGGUUCCUCUAACAGUUAUGCUAUCAAGAAGAAGGACGAGAUUGAAAGAGUUGCUAAGGCUAACCGUUAA